AUGAAAAAAUCUCUUCCCCGGGGAAGUCGUUAUGAAGAGCAAAUGACUAGCUUUGAAGGUGUUGAUUUCACAGCUGUAAGUUGGAAGGACAAUAAACCGAUCACUUUCCUAUCUUCAUAUGUUGAUGCAGAACCUGCUUCUCUAGUAGAAAGAUUUGACAAAGUUAAUAAGACCAGGAUCAAGAUUACACACCCACGUGUAAUAAAAGAGCAUAAUGCCCAUAUGGGCGGGGUGGAUCUUCUGGAUAGCUUCAUUGGUAGGUAUCGUAUAUCAAUGAAAAGCCGUAAGUGGUACCUCCGUACAUUUUACCAUCUGUUAGAUAUGACAAUAAUAAAUUCCUGGCUUGUUUAUAAAGACUUGAAAGGUACUGAAGCAACUUCAUCAGUUCUGAAUUUGUGUCAAUAUAGACUGGAACUAGCUGAGGUUCUAGCUAAUAUAAAUAAUGCAUCUGAACAAACAAACGAGGAAGGCCCAGCACCAGUAACAGCGUUGAAAUGGCAAUACAAGCCAAGAAAAGUAGAGGACCAGGUCCACCUAAAGAUAUCAGGACAGAUAGUGUUGGUCUCUGGCCUGAUGAUUGCGCCCGCAGUAGAUGUAAAAUGCCUGGGUGCAAGGGAUGUACACAAACAAAGUGUGAGAAGUGUGGAGUAA